AUGUACCCUACACACUGUGUUCACUACCUCAACCCUACAGUAGGCCCCUGUGAUACCAGGAGAGGCACCAAGGUGGUGGCUCGCUGUCUGAAGCUAAUCAAACCCUACGUGAGGAAGGAGUUGGUCGAGGCUGAGGAUGACGAUGAUAACGACGAUGAUGAUGGGGGAGGAGCAAAUAGGAAGACCGUCCCCACAGAGGGUCGGAUCAUGGAGAGAGACUUACUCUCACAGGCCUAUGGGAUCAUCGUGUCCUGUGGGACCACGGGCAUCUCUCAGAGUGCGUUGCGUUCGAGGAUGUGCAUCGGCAAGCUGGAGUCUCGUAUGAUCUGCCGACUGCUGGAGAGGACAGACAUGAUCAAGGGUUUCAUGGAAGACGAGGGUCGUCAGAGGACCACUAAGUACCUCGGCCAUCUGCACGUCGACGAGUCCGAUCUGCUUCGACAUCUGGUGAAAGAGCAGGAGCGAUCAGACCGGCUUCGCACUGUAGGGGGAGGAGGGGAAGGAGAGGGGGCCCCCCAAACCCCAGCCCAGGCCACCCUAAAAACACCAGCUACCACAAAGACUCUGCCUACACCAAAAACACCAUCGCUUCUGGAACCUCUGGGAAACACUGAGGGAGAGGAGGAGAGAGAGAGGGACGAGGAAGACGAAGACUGGGAAGUCGAGAAGAAAGGGAAGAAGAAGGGAGCGAAUAAGAAAAAUGCAAAAAAAAAGAAAGUGGGCAAGAUGUCUCUCCUGAAGCAGUCCAAACUCCACUUCCUGGUAGCUCAUCACUCUGCACCCAUCACGAGUGGAGCCAAUCAGGAGCCAGAGCUGGAAUCUUGGCUUAGCCCAGUUGAGGAGGAGGAGGAGGAGUCAAACAUUCGGUCCUGACGUUUCAUUGGACCAGACAGGGAGUAUGUUCGCAGGCAACAGCCAAGCGGAGGACAGCGUCACGGUCAUCGAGGACAUCCACAUUCAGAAGGAGCACCACCGCCAGACGUACCGCCUGCUGAAGAGGAAGAACGUGAUUGUGGAAGCUGUUCAGAGCCUCAAGAUCAUAGAGGGCCUCUUCACAAUCCAGAGGUUGGUUCAGGAUGAGGAGAAGCUAGAUGGUGUGAACACUAAGUGUUGUAGGAAGUCUAUCCUGCGUCUCAUCAGAUCUCUGUCUAAAGAGGGAAUGCUCAAACUGUUCAGAACCACUGUUAUACAGGACGGAGUCAGCAA